CUUAGUAUUCUCCCUGCACUUUGUACCUACCUCCUUGCAUUACAUUCCGGCCAAUUCCGGUUACCAUCAAUGCACCCUCAGGCCCUACCACAUGCGGGCGGGAGUGGGGCCGCUGCUACUGCUGCUGCUGCUGUUGGGGACACAUCUUCCGUCAUUCCCUUGAGCCCCUCCCGCAAGUGCGAGGGCUACCCAGAGAGGCUGCUCCAGGCGGGGUGCUGGCUGGGAGUGGCUGUGGAUCAGGUCCAGCAGUGGCUGGGCAGUGCCGCCAGCUUGCAGGAUGUGCAGGUCCAGCUUGUCACCGACGGCCAGGUGCAGCCUCAGCCAUACCGGGUGGCCAUGACUCGCACCCGGGACAGCCUGUCGUACCACAUCGCUGGCAGCGAGCUGCACAGGGCCGCGGCCGGCAAGUGGUUCCUGGGCCUGUCGCGCCCCUCCCCUGGCGGCCCGCUGCACCUGCUGCUGAGGACUGCCACGCAGCAGGAAAUGCAAGGCGCGCGCUCACCCGAGCAACAGAGCAAAGGCGCGGAGACUGAUGCGCAAACACAGCAGCAGCAGGUGGCCGGAGCCGCAGUAAUAGCGGUGGGGGCUCCUGUGGCGGGCGGUGCUCCGCUGCUGCAUACACCGCCACUGGGGGGCCUAGGCCCGGCCGAUAGCUCGGUGCCUUUGGAAGCCUCUGUGGCUGCUGCGGCUGGUAGGGAGGCUGCAGCUAGAGUGGCAGCAGCGCCUGCCCAGGCGGUCUGCAAGGAGGCGCCAUGCGCGCCUGAGGGUGCUGCGGGUGGUGCGACCACCGAGGCAGGGGGCAGCCGGCUGCACGGUGGGGAAGUGCAGGAGGAGAAAGCGCAGUUUCUAGGAGCGCAGGAGCACAAGGAGCAACGCCUGGUCGCGCAGGAAACAGCCGUGCGAGCAGCUGCGAGCAGUGUUGCGGCAGUUCGCUCUCUGCGGGCGCUUGACCCGGAGGCAGCGGACCUGGUGGCGAGAGCGUUGCCCCGGCUGGCUGCCACACUUAGGGGCCCGGACGCGCCGGUGCUUGUCAGCGCCCCCUGCCUUGGCAGCAGCAGCCAGGUGGGCUCGGGCGGCCACCGCUACGGGGUGGAGUACUGCGCGCGGGGCGUCCACUUCGGCGAUGAGGGGGUUGGGCGGUGUCCCACGCGUGUGCGGAUUCUGCACGUCCCACCCGCUGACCAGGCGAGCUCCACGCGGGUACUGCAAGUCCUAACUCCAGCGGAGUUCCUUGGGCUGGGUGGGCAGGAGGGCGCUCCUGGUGCUGACGGGAAUGAUCUUCGAACCGACAAGGUGGGUGGCAAGCGCUUGGCGCAGGUCCUGCAGCGGCAGCCGGCGCCUAAGCGGUCUCUCCAGGAGAGCCCUGCACCGGCGCCACCACCGCCGGAGCAACAAGAGCUGGACGAGCCAGACGCAGUGCAGGCAAUCGUUGUGUCAACCCAAGCGGGCCCCGAGAGCACACCUGCCACCAAGGAGGAGUACCUGCGGGCGGUGGUGGCCUACCUGCGGGCGCAGUGGGGCAGACCCGUGCGGCUGGAGGAGCUGGAGGGCGCCGUGGUGCGGCCCCCGGUGGUGCGGGCCGGCAUGCGGACCUACCUGAAGCUGCACUCGGAGCUGUUCACACUGGUGGGGGAUGAUGCGGGGGCAGUGCUGCUCAAGAGGGGGGCAGCGGGUGGAGUAGGGCUUGGGUAGGGUGGAGAGUGAGGGAACAUGGCCAUGCAGCAGGGAUAGGAUAUGCAGGAUGUGUUUACAUUGAAGGAAUAAAUAAAAGGCGACGGAUAGCGGGACCGAGAACCUUCAUACUGACAUCAAGAUGCCACUUCCAUAGGGCAGUAUGACUGAAGGAGUAGGUUUCGUGCUAGCUGCCGUACGACCGCGAUGGUACUUCAUCAGCUUAGCCAUGCUUUGUGCUUUUAACUGCUGUUGUGAUUGGUGGUAUCAGGUGGCCAUCCCUCUGCCGGGAUCGUGGCUGCUUAGGUCCCACCCACCCGCUCGGGGUCGCGCCUAGAGAGUGGGGGUGCUUACUUGCGUUUUGUUUAUCAAGUAGGAUGCUUGUAUGGAUGGUGACGGUAUCUCAAUUAAGGGAGUUGGUCGGCAGUCAAGGUGCAACCGUGGGUGUGAAGAUUACAGCACAAUCUAAACCAUGGGUUGGGGUGUUGGGACGUGUGGUGUUAGGGUUGGAGUUCUCGGUUGCUGCGUUGAGGCGGUGCAGAGUUGGUGAUGGCUUCGGCUUACGUUAUCUGCUGUACGCAUCGGGGGAUCACGGCAGCUAAAGCAAGAAGUCAGCGUCCUUUUAGUUGCCAUCUGCAGGGUGGUGACAAGCAUUCUGGCGGGCAUAUCAAACGGGGCUUUCACAAUACAUGCACUGGCCUCGUUGCUAUGCAUGUAUUAGUACUUGCAAGUUGGAGUGCAUCAUGCACGCCUGGGGGCACAUCUGGCAGGGAAAACGGCCAAGCCUUCUCAGCCACAUCCUGUGGAUAAGUUUGUGCAACUCCUGUCCUAUGCUCAUUGAUGAAGCGGCAACAACUGGAAACGGAAGCCUUGAAGGAGACGACGGGUGAAUCCACCCAGCCUAAUCCACUGCCGUAUACCUUCAAGACAGUUACAGUCAAUACGCGUGUACAGUGCGCCGAGGGGGGCCAGAGGUCAUGAUCUCCCUCAUGCACCUACAUGUCAAGCUCAG